AUGGCUACCCUGCCCCUCCCGGAGGACCCAAGGACUACUUUUCCGUGUGAAGGGUUCGCCAUUAUAAUAGAUUGAGAGAGAUUUUGCUUUCAUCCGGGUCUUGUGAUUCACCACGGGGGAUUAAAGUAGUGUGGCUGGGGUUUCUUGAGCUGUGUGCGCUUGUUGCUAGGAUGCGCAGCACUGGCGACCGCCGUGAUUACAGAAAAUAAGCUCAUGUAUCCUAGUGUGGUGUGAAUGAGAGUGACUCAGCUGGACCACAACCAUUUGUCAGUUUCUGACACAAGAACAGGAAGAUGGGAAACAGUGCCUUAAAAGCGCAUUUGGAGACAGCCCAGAAAACAGGAGUAUUCCAACUAACUGGAAAAGGCCUUUCUGAGUUUCCUGAGGAUCUACAGAAGCUUGCAAGUAAUCUCAGAACGAUAGAUUUGUCCAACAAUAAGAUCGAGACUCUGCCACCGCUAGUGGGAAAAUUCUCUGUGUUGAAAAGCCUUGCUUUAAAUCACAACAAACUGACUGAGCUACCUGAAGAGUUGUGCAAGCUGAAAAAACUAGAGAUAUUGCAUCUGAAUAAUAACCAACUGACACAGCUACCUGCUGCCUUUGGACAACUUGCAGCACUAAAGACCCUGAGCCUUUCUGGAAACAAGUUCCGAACUGUACCUGCCCAGCUCUGUAAUCUUCGUCACCUAGAUGUGGUUGAUCUCUCCAGAAAUCAGAUCCAGAGUGUGCCAGACACAGUUGGAGAACUGCAGGCCAUUGAACUGAACUUGAAUCAGAACCAGAUUUCACAGAUCUCCUCACAGAUCUCUCACUGCCCACGCCUCAAGGUCCUGCGUUUGGAAGAGAACUGUUUAGAACUAAGUGUGCUUCCUCAGAGUAUCCUCAGCGAUUCUCAGAUCUCUCUGCUUGCUGUAGAGGGUAAUCUUUUUGAGAUCAAGAAACUCCGAGAACUAGAGGGAUAUGACAAGUAUAUGGAACGAUUCACAGCCACAAAGAAAAAAUUUGCCUGAUGGAUUACUAUUGUUUAUCUCAUGAAGGAAAAGGCAACAAGAGAUGAGAUACAUGGAUCCUAUGUGCUGCUAGCUUUUGGGAGAAGGAAGUGCACGGUUUUGAUAAAGGGCAAGAGAACAGUGACUCACUGACUUUGAAAGGGUCUGCUAUGUUGCCAUUAACACCACAAAGUGACUCCAGCAAUUGGUGAAACAACCUGGAUAUAACAUUUAGCACCUUUAUAGCUAACAGAGCAUUUCUGCUUAUGUGAUUUUUGAACUUCAGGGAUUGUUAUGUUUGAGAAGAAAAAUCUUCUAAAAUUUACUUGAGCUGCAAUAGUUUUAUUACAGCUUUUGGCAGCCUCAUAAUGAAGUUGAGCGUAUGGAGAUAAUGGGUUAUCUCUGAGAAGUAUACUGAGUUUUUUGGGUUUUUUACAUGAUGCAAAGUCAUUCCUUUGCUUUAAAUGUUUUAUUACGUAUAAGGCUGACAAUGUAUUUUUAAAAUCAUGUACAUUUUGAAGCACAAAUAGUUUGAGCUAAUAUUAGCUUAUUGUGUCAAAUAUUCAAAAAAAUGGUUGUCCUAGCUUCAUGUCACAACCACAUCCUAUGAAUGGCUAGUCUUCCAUUUGAUGAUGAAAUGCCCUACCGUUACCUGAGCAUGCUAAAUGAAAUAAGUGACAGAUUUUAAUGUCUCUACUGAGUGCAUUUUGGGUUGUGUGUGGGGACAUUGACACCUUUGCACUGAAUGUUCAUGGCAGUAGCAAGCUUAACAGUUUAAUCAGGCUGAUCACCUUAUUGCUGCCUUAUGCAAAGCACCCAGGAGGACCUAAAAUAUGCAACUUCUCUGAAUAACUUGUAUAUUUUUUACUAAAGAAAACUUACAUCCACAACUGUCUUAAGCUUUUUGGCACCUUUUGACAAACUUCAGUUAAUGUAUAAAUUAUUCACAUCAUGUAAUCUGAAUGAUAUAAAAAUAAACAUAUGCACAGCUUGAAGUGUUCCUGUAAAA